GGGGACUGGAGCAUUAUGACAGUCAAGUCUUUAAAAGCUUAUGAGUUACCAGAGUCCUUGACGGCUAGCCGCUUCCUCUGCUGAUGUUGUCGGAUGUCAAUAAAGAGAGGUUGAAGGCAACACUUCUAAUGGAGGUAACAUCGAAGGGUGCUGGCUUAAACCCUAACGCAAAAGUGUGGCAAGAAGUACCCCAAGGGAGUGGUGAGGCUGUGCCACCAACAAAUGGCGCAGAGCACUCGUGGCAAGAAACAGCGGCUGCACAAGGGACUCAUACCGAGGGUAACAUAGAGAUUUCGGAGGAUAGCUGCAAGCAGUAUGAAGUGAUGUAUUCCCCAUCUUGUGAAGCCACAAGAAAUGGCACAGGAGUUGAUGAAGCAUCUGCAAAUGGAAUUGUCCUAGCAACUGAAGAUCUUGGAUACCAAAUCUAUGAAGUGUCUGGUGAAGGCAGCUCCACUGUGUCCACAGAAGACAUUAGAGAAUGUUUGAAAAAACAACUUGAAUUCUGCUUUUCACGUGAGAAUCUUUCAAAGGAUCUCUACUUGAUGUCUCAAAUGGAUAGUGAUCAGUUUGUUCCAAUAUGGACAAUUGCCAACAUGGAAGGUAUUAAGAAGCUGACAACUGAUAUGGACCUUAUUCUUGAAGUUUUGAGAUCUUCUCCUAUGGUACAAGUGGAUGAGAGAGGGGAGAAAGUUAGACCAAAUCACAAGCGAUGUAUUAUCAUUCUCCGUGAGAUCCCUGAAACAACGCCUAUAGAGGAGGUUAAGGCUCUGUUUAAAAAUGAAAACUGCCCCAAAGUGAUAAGCUGUGAGUUUGCUCACAACAACAACUGGUACGUUACAUUCCAGUCAGAUACAGAUGCGCAACAGGCGUUUAAAUACUUAAGGGAAGAAGUGAAAACCUUUCAGGGCAAGCCAGUAAUGGCAAGGAUAAAAGCCAUCAACACGUUUUUUGCUAAGAAUGGUUACCGGGUAGUGGAUUCCAGUGUCUAUACUCAACCAGUUCAAACACAAGCACAGUUUGCCUCGCCACUGUUUAUGCAGCCUGUAUAUAGUCCUCAGCAGUACUCUAUUUACAGCAUUGUGCCUCAGACGUGGUCUCCAAAUCCUGCACCUUACUUUGAAACACCACUGGCCCCCUUUCCUAACGGUGGAUUUGUGAAUGGCUUUAAUACACCAGGAUCAUAUAAAACAAAUGCUGCUUCUUUGAGUAUAGGUCGCCCAUUCCAUAGAAAUCGUGUGAAGCCUCACUUCCGAUCAUCUAACAGCUCAGAACAUGCUGCGGAGGGUCCGGCUGCCGUCAGUACCAUGCCAAUGGGGGAUGGACCACUGAACAGAACCAACUCAAGGAAUUUUGUUACGGAGCGACAUAACAGUACGUUAACUGGGCACCAAGACCAAGGUUAUUCCCAGAAGGAUUCUUCUACCGGACAGAUGGAGCAGAAUGGAGAUUAUGGCAUUGGCAGGGGCAGGAGGAAUGUUUUCCGAGGUCGGAGGAGACGAGAAGAUGACCGGGUUUCAAGACCUCAGCCUUCAGCAGAAACAAAGACUCAGACACCAAAGUUUGACUUGCUAGCAUCGAAUUUUCCACCUUUGCCUGGCAGCACAGCAAAAAUACCGGGAGAGCCUGUGCUGGAGAGCAGGAUGUCCGAUAUCGUUAAAGGGGUCUGCAAAGAAAAGGAAAGCAAAGAUUUGCUGCCCAGCUGUUCAGCUCCUGCUCAGGAAGAACAGACGCACAGCACUGUCCAAGAGCCUGUGACAAGUGUGAGUUCACCAAGUGAGACUGAAGCUGUGGUGUUAAGCACAGUUCAGCCAGACAGCAAACCGGAAGAAGUGUCUGCUCAGAAAGACGUUACGAGCCACGCUUCCCCACCGGUGUCUGUCUCUCCUGUCAGUGCUGCAAAGCCGCCGAGGACAAAUGCCACUUCACCUUCUACUAAUGCAAGUGCAGCUCCUGCUUUGUUGAUGCAGGAGCCACGCAAGCUAAGUUAUGCUGAAGUUUGCCAGAAGCCCCCAAAGGAGCCUCCUCCAGUUCCUGUUCAGCCUCUUAGGGAACAUCGUGCCAACAUAGUUCCCCCUGCCAAAAAUGAAGAAAAUGGCACACCUGAGAAGGCUUCGGAGAAGGCUCAUGACAAGGUUGAAGGUCGAAUGAAGGAUUAUUCUGGGUUCCGAGGCAACGGGCCUCCCAGGGGAGCUGCUGAAAAUCAGGGAACAGAGGCGCCAAUUUGGACGCAGAUCAUCGCCUCAGGGAGCACCUCGACGUAUCGGCAAGGAGCAGUAUGUGCCACCCCGGUCACCAAAGUAACACUUGUCCAGCCAAUUUCUCUAUUUAAUUUGAGCUGUGGACUAAUAAGCAGCAAAGGAGACUCUGAGAAAGAAGUAUUCAUGAAGGGGAAUACUGAACUGGAGCGUGGCUUGUGUGGAGAAGUUGUGGAGGGUCCCAAAAUUCAUCUCUAAAAGUGAUUUCGCAAAUGCUGGAGGAUUCCAAUCAAUAUAAAUAUAGAGAUUAUAAUUUUUGUAUUUUUGUUUUUAAUUUGCAGAGGGUUUCCUGCUUGAAAUCAGUUUUGGGGUUGUGAACUAGCAUUUUGACAAAGUGAAAGAAUAUGAAUUGACAAAUUAACCUGUCCCUCAGUGUAGGAGGAAAAGGAUAAGAGAAUAUUAUUUUUGAAAAAUGAGCAUUUCUGUAAAAUUAGAACUUUUUUUAACCUAUUUAACAUUUGGCUUGUCGGAUGAUGUGUCUGCCAUUGAUGGCCUUGCAUUGCAGAGCACGUCUGCGGCUGAGGUGCUUGGUCGGCGUGUGAGUGGAAUGAGUGCAGCCAGAUACUGUUGUCAUGACUUAGUCACUGAUGAUAAAAACUGAAUGUACUACUGUAGUAAACUUUGUGUUUCCAGCUUGAAGUAUAGUCUCUUGACCUUACUAAUAAUUCAUUCAGCAAGCUUUUUAAACUAUAAUUUUUACAGGAUACUGGAUUGUAGAUCAGAGCACAUGGACAGCAAAAAUUGUCUUCUAGACGCAAUUGGAAGGAGGCAGAAGGGAGCACGUCAGAAUUUUUAAUUUGCCCUUUUUCCUCGCCUCCUUUUGAGGGCAACUUCUUAGGUUUGUUUGUUUUUUUCUUGCUUGUUACUUUCUCUAAUCUCUUUAUUACGGACUUUUGUGCAUUUAUCUUGGUAUGUUUUCCUGAGGCAGGCCCAGUAUUGGAUUGAUGGGUGGCUACACAGUACGUGAUGUUAGCCUCACAAAUAGAGAGCCUGGAAUUCCGGUUGCAAGAUGUGGAAUUCUGCCUUGCAGGUGGGAACUCUGGGCCCGGAGUUCUGCGUGCCCCACUGGGGUUAAACUGAUGUCUCUUUGAAUGGCUAGCAAAUCAGAGACGUGGCUGGGUUUUCUAUAUACUGACCUAUCUUUGCAUUCUGGAGUAGGGUAUUGGAUGCUGUAUACUAGAAAUCAGGGUUUAUGUCUACUGGGAACUCAUUGUUUACAGCUGAUGUAGUAGCAACUGACUUUUUUUAACUUUAAAGUGGAGUUAAAGGUAAAGAGUUAAACAAAACCCCUCAUGUUCACAGAAGCUACUUGAAAGGUAGCAUCUUGCCUAGCUGUAUGCUGACUAAAUUUGCAACACUAUUGUGUAGUAAGUGGUUAAGUUUAAAGGUGAUAACCAUAAUGACUGAAAUAGGAAAAUUCAGUGCAUUAAUCUGCCAAAAUCAGCAUGCCAGGGUUCAAAGUUCUGUAUAAAGUGUUAGGGAAAAGUAGCUUCCAGCAGUAAGAAUCACACCUUUUUUUUUUUUCUUUUUUUUUUCUCUUUUUAGUGAAUAGCAAGUGUACAAAUUUAAAGUCGUAAGUUGUGAACACUGGAAAACUCAAUUGUGAUAUAUACCGUAAACAUCUUAGUAAUAUAUGCUAGUGUUGCCAUUAGAAUGAAUGUAAGUGGCAGAUAAAAUAACUGUGAAAAAUUUCAUCUUCUGACUUCUUAGCCAGAUAACCCGUGGCGACUUCUUACUCGGUAGGCAUUCUCUAUCAACUGCUUUGAGAACACUCAUAUCUAUUUUUAUAAAUAUAUAUAUAAAGCCAGAGUUGUCAUUUCUCUAACUUAUUAUUCAGCUUGGCAAUUGCUUUGAUUUGAUUCAUAACACAAUAUAGUGUAUUUAUGCAGUUAACUGUUCAUUUCUACGCAUGUUAUAUAUAUACAUAUAUAUAUAAAAAAAAAAAACCAAAAUCAUUAUUCACUUUUAAACUACCUGUACUGGGUUUGGGAGGUUUUUUUAAUUUCGUAAAAAAAAUCGUGGCUCACGUCUACAGUUUAGGGAUGCUUACAGAACCCUUCUCCAUUAUUUCAAUAAUGCUACAUUUGUUGGAAUGAUAGAGAAGUUUAUAUAUUUAAAAGUGUUAAAGUUCUGAAAUGAAAUGAAUUCAAAGUUAAUUUUUAAUCAUUUUAAAGGCUAUAAACAAUUACUGCAGUCAAACUGGAAAAAACAAACCUGUAUGAUAGUCACAGAUAUUUAGGAUAGAUGUGCACUGUCAUCGCAAAGUUGAGUAAGGGUUGGGAUGCUAAUAGCUGCCGUAAGCUGUUUGCUGUUCAGAGGAAGAGUUGCUUGGGAAGAGGCUUGUGCAGAUGUUGAUCUCUGGCCUCCGUGGUAAAGGCGGCGUGCUAAUUCUGAUCCACGCAGGCAUCCGCUUUCAGUGCAGUGCAUAGAAUAACCUUGUAGUGCUGAAAGUAUCUGAAUUUUUAGCAAUUGUGAAAUGUAACUUCUUCAUUUAUUAGAUGUGGAAAAAAAAAAAAAAUAACCGCAGUUCAAUCUUUCUUGUAAGGUGAUUGGAAAAACUUGACUGUGGAAAGGAUGCUUCGUAUGUCCUGGGUGUGCAUUUUCCAGCAGCAGAUUAUGGCUCUUGUACAGUGUAUGCAAAUAAGUCUGUAAACCUGUUGGCUUUUUCCAGCAUAUUCAAACUUUUAUCAGAUUAGGGCGCUCAUAAUUAUUUAUUGAAUACCUGCGUGCAAGGAUUUAACAUGAGCAUUUCCCUUCUCCCCUCUUCCCCGCUGCCAUUUAUAACUGUGGUUCUGUUUUUUUUCCUUUCUGUUCUUUUUUUGGGGGGAGGGGGGGAUAACCAAGUAAAUAUAAAGGCUGUGAAAACCAUAGUUUUGUGUGCGAGUUCUCCUGCAGUACUUGUAUUGCAUGGCAAACAUAUAACUUAGACGGGCUAGCUGCUACAUUCUCAUCCCCUGUAACGGACUCAGGCAAGCUAUUCUGUCUCUACCCACCAAGUUUGCCUGUUCUGUCAGACCGGGGGAAACAGGGACGAAGGGGUCGUUUGGGAGCCAGCCUGCCUGCUGGUACAGCUCAUUGAUUUCAUUUGAGCUGUGUCAUUUUAUCAGCAGAGGUGACACUGUCCUUUGUUCAACAGCGAUGGUCAGUGUGCACUUGAAGUGACAAAUAACAGUUCUCCGUGGUUCCUUCUUGGUAGCUUACCACACGAUGGAAAGACAAAUUUUCCUACUCUGCUGAUAUUAAAUACCAGAAGGUGCAAAUCACAUGUAACUUUCAGUUUUACGAACUGUGACUUGUUUUCAGAAUUGUUGACUUUUGUUAGCUACAGAAGUAUACUUCCCCAGUUAAGUUCUUUUCCGAAUUACUGUGCAUGGAAAAGAUUGGGCCACUCUCUUGUACUUCUGCUGGGGAGUGAAAAGAGAAGUAUUUGCAUGUGAUAGUAAAAUUAAAAGUGCAAAAAGUUUUUUCUUUUGAUUUCUAAAAUUAAGUUAGUUUUAUAGUAUCUGUCAUUCCUGCUAUCUUUGUUUUUUUUAAAAAAAAGUUAGCCUGGCACAGUAUGAUGGUGCAGUUUUAGCAGUAGG